AUGGCUGGGCUGCGACGACUGCUGCUGUUUACCAUCCUCCUCCUCUCCCUCACCACCCUCCUCAUCUUCUACUCGACCACCACCACUCCCAACAACGCAUCGCUCGCCAUCCAGGACAGGAUCCAGAACGGACUCAAGGGAUACCUGCCCAACCGGGAGACUCUCAAGACCUACGUGCCCAAGCCAUUCAAGUGGUCCAACUGGGCCACCUCUGACGCCGUCCGACUCGAAGACAGUCUCAUCCCCACCCACCAACAGCAGCCCCAUCUCAACCAGUCUGCGCAGACCAUCAGUAGCCAUCCGUCCGGCCAAGCUGCCCAGCCACUCUCGAACUACCAUCCCAACGGGCUCUACUAUCUCAACCAGCCCCCGCCAUUCGAGCGCCAUCCAAUCCUCAAUCUGAUCGAGAAUGGCGAGAAGGCGUGGGCCAAGAAGCUGGCCGGAAGCUCGCAGAGUCUGGCCGAGGCGGUGGCCGAAUACCGCAGACGAUACCACCAGCCCCCGCCGUUCGGCUUCGAGAAGUGGUGGGAAUAUGCGGCCAAGGAGGGCGUGAUCUUGAAGGACGAAUACGACCAGAUCGCGAGCGACAUCAAGCCUUUCCUGGCCAUCGAGCCCUCCGACCUCCAUCAUCGCGCCUGGGUCAUGGCUAACGAACGCCCCGAAACGUUCACCCUCACUAUCAACUCGACCAACCCCGUCCAAAUCUCCGGAAAAGAAGGCCAUCUCGCCCGCGCUAAAGACCUCGCUAAACUCAUCAACCUCUUUGCCCACCUCCUCCCCCCCUCCUCCUCCGACCCCGCUAAUAUCUUCAAUCUCACCUUCACUAAACACGACCAACCCGCGGUCCAAAUGACCUGGGCUCGGAAACAGAAAAUGAUCGAGAUGGCCGAUGCGGGCGAAUAUUUCUCGCCGUCGGAUUACAUCAGACCGACGAAUCCGAAGCUGAGUAAUUGGGCGAACGCGUGUCCGCCGAGCUCGGCGCUAUACAGGAACGAGUCAGGUCUCCCCCCGCUCGAUGCUGCCGAGGCCCGGAUGAGCAGCGCGGGUGGGGGAAAGUCGUUCAUCUUCGACCAUCCAAAAGCCAUGGAGAUCUGCGCGCAUCCGGAGAGCAUGAAGUUGCAUGGAUUCACGAGUGCGGCGGGGACGGACAACGUGGAACUGGUGCCGCUGUUCACGUUUGCAAAGACCACGACGCAGAGCGAUGUGUUGGUGACCCCGUUGGAGCAAUACAGCGACACGUACAUCGGCAACGACCCGGAUUGGGCGCAGAAGAAGAUCGCCAAGCUGCUAUGGCGAGGGUCGACGACGGGGGCGGAGUUCCGGACGGAUGUGAACUGGAAAGACAGCCAACGGGCCCGGCUGCACAUCAUGGCCCACGAGGCCAACCACCCCGUCCACAUCCUCUCCCCCGACGACUCGCUCACUCGCGUGGCUACUAAAGACAUAGGCAAGCUUAAUGAGAAGCUCCUCGACGUCUCUCUCUCCGGUGGUCCCGUUCAAUGCGACCCCACCACUUGCGAAUACAUGGCUAAGAACCUCAAGUUCGCGGGCACGAUGGGCUUGGACGAAAGCUAUCAGUACAAAUAUUUGAUCGAUGUGGACGGCAAUGGAUGGUCAGGCCGCUACCAUCGACUGAUGUCCACGAAGUCCCUCGUGCUCAAGUCGACGAUCUUUCCCGAAUGGUAUUCGGACAGGAUUCAGCCCUGGGUCCAUUAUGUUCCGAUUAAAGUGGACUACUCGGAUCUGUACGAUGUGAUGGUCUUCUUUAAAGGUGACGACGACGAGGAGAAUGCCGGCCCAUCCCCCCCGCCAACGAAGCCCGACGGUCCGCGGAUCCCGCAGCACAGUCGGACGACGAGGGAGGCCCGGACGGACCGGGCACGGAGGGCGCCCGUUGGGACAUCUAAAGGCCACGACCAUCUGGCCGAGAAGAUCGCGACCCAGGGAAAACGCUGGGCUGCCGAACAUUGGCGACGGACGGAUAUGGCCGCAUACAUGUUCCGAUUGGUCCUCGAAUGGAGACGGGUCUUGUUGCGCGGCACCGGCGAGCCGCUGGAUUAUCUGUCCGGGAUAAAUACUCGGAUUUAG